CAGCCUCUCCUGCCAUCUCAGCACCUCGGGGUGCUGCCCCCGCCCUGGGACCCCACAACAAAGCAGGAUGGACGAUUUGGAUGCUUUGCUGGCAGAGCUGGAGCAGAGCUCCUGCCUGGCCUCCAAGGACCGUGAGCUGCAGGGACCAAGCUCCUGCCAGGAUGCCCAACAUGGUACCCUGAAGGAGCCACUGCCACCUCGAGCUCAGCCUCCAGGAGAAGGUUUGGAUUCAGUGUACAGCACCCCUGUGCCAGUCCCAAAGCCGCUGCUCCCCUCACCCCCACACACGGAGGCCGCCCGGCAGCUGGAUGAGCUCCUGGCCGACCUGGGCCACACGCAGAGCAAGCUGGCAGCUGCGGGGCAGGGAGCCGGGGUGCCCCCGGAGUCCUUGCUGGACAACAUGCUGCACAGCCUCACCCGGGACCUGCAGGAGCUGGGCAUCACGGCCGCGCCCGCCGGCGUCUGCGCCGCCUGCCGCAAGCCCAUCGCUGGCAAGGUGCUGACAGCCCUGGGCAAAACCUGGCACCCCGAGCACUUCACCUGUGCCCGCUGCGGGCAGGAGCUGGACAAGGGGCCCUUCUUCGAGCAGGGCGGGCAGGCGUUCUGUGAGGAGGAUUAUCACCAGGCCUUCUCCCCGCGCUGUGCCUACUGCGCCGGCCCCAUCCGCCAGAAAGUCCUCACGGCCCUGGAGCAGACCUGGCACCCCGAGCACUUCUUCUGUGCCCAGUGCGGGAAGGUGUUUGGAGAUGAGGGGUUCCUGGAGCGCAAUGGGAAGCCGUACUGCCACCAGGACUUCCUGGCCAUGUUCGCCCCCAAAUGCCAGGGCUGUGAGCGCCCCGUCAUGGACAACUACCUGUCGGCCCUGCAGGGUGUGUGGCACACCGAGUGCUUCGUGUGCACGGAGUGCCUGACUGGCUUCAGCGGCGGCUCCUUCUUCGAGCUGGAGGGGAGGCCCUACUGCGAGCUGCACUUCCACCAGCGGCAGGGCACCAUCUGCCACGGCUGCGGCCGCCCCGUCACCGGGCGCUGCAUCACGGCCGCGGGGCGCAGGUACCACCCCGAGCACUUCACCUGCAGCUACUGCCUGGGCCGGCUGCACAAGGGCACCUUCCGCGAGUUUGACGACAAGAUGUACUGCCAGCCCUGCUACGACAAGCUCUUUCUCUGAGCCCAGCACACAGCCUCCCUGCCCGCAUGUCCCCACCAUCAACAUUCCUGGCGCUGUCCCUGCUGACCCAAACAUGCCACAUAUACCACCCAUCAACAUCCCUGGUGCUGGUGCAGCUCAGCCAACUGUCCCCAGCCUUGUGUCCACCAAGGAAAGCAUCAUUCCUUGUCCCCUUCCCUGCAAGACAUCCCUGGCCUUGCUCCUUGGACCUGAAGCAAUAAAA